AUAUUUCACUGCUUUUGCUUUUCUUUUGCUUUGUGGUAGCCCCCAUUGAACCUGUUGCUUACACUGUUCCGCCAUCAACAUCACAAGAAAAGCAAAACAACUGUUUGGUAUUUUUUUGUUUUAUAAGAAAAUGGUUUUGAAUUGUGCUUUUGACAUAUACCGAUUUUUUCCUGCUAUGCAAGCAAUUUGGGUAUUUCUAUAACAUUCUUUUUCACUCGAAUGAAAGUGGGAUCCCUUCGUGAUAGCUAUAAAUCAUGAUGCCAAUUUUGUGUGAAUGAGGGAGCACUAGUCCGAAGGAAGAGAUUAUUACCAUGCAAUACCCAUUGUGCUGCUAGUGGUAAUCAUGACAAUUUAGAUGCACUAAUCUAGUUAAUGUGAGCCCAGACUUGACUCUUAAGCUGUGAGGAAAGAAAAUGAAGAUACAGGGACUAAAAUUUGAUGUGGAUGACAUGAUUGUGAAAAUGGCUAGCCAAGACCAAACCAAAAUGCUGCACAUCAAACAGCAGCUGGCCACCAUAGACCACACUCCAGAUCACCCAGUAUACCCUGUCAUGGUGCAUGAGGCAAUUAUGGAUUUAAAUGAAGAAGGGGGAUCGACCAAGGAUGCAAUAUCACAGUUUAUCAUGAGAAAGUAUGAUGUUUUUCAGGUUGUUCAUGUGGCUAAACUAAUUGAACAAUUAGAGAAACUUGUGGAGAAGGAAGAAAUAGUUUUUACAUCUGAGAAUCGUUACAUGCUUCCAGCUGAGGACUCUGGUUCCCCUGCUAAGUUAAAGCAGGGAAAGAAGCAGUCGGUGCAAUAUGAACUGGAUCGGAGAAGUAAUAAGUUGCAAAAGGUCAAUGAAGGAGUUCAAGUUCAAGAAGAUCAGAAUGCAAUUAUAGAAAUAGAAGAUCAACCUGAAAGUGAUAAAGCAAAAGAAUCACAAGCAGCUCAAAGUGAAGGCGUUGAAUACCAGAACCAUUUACAAGAAGAUCAGCUUAGGGUAUAUGAGGAAGAGAGGUUUGAGAUGACCACUGAGAAUUUUUCUCAAGUUGUUGAAGGACAGUCAAAAGUGAUUGUAGAAGAUAGAUACCAGCAACCUGCUGGAGUAGAUGAGGGAAGACAUGAAAAAGAAGUUCAUAUCCAAAUGAGGGAAACUGAGGCAACUGAAGAGCGAAGUCAAUUACAACAAGAAGAACCCCAAGUGACUGAAGAUCAAGUGGAAACUGAACGUCAAAGUAAAGUAACUGUAGACCUGCAUCAUGUUGAACGUCCUGAAAAUGAAGAAAUUAUAGGCGAAAUUCGACCUAAGGUUCCACAAGAUUUGUAUGCUGACGAACAUUAUCAAUCAGAGCAAACACAUGUUAGAACCAUUCCUAUGCAGAUUGAAACACGAGGAAAAGAAGUUGGAGUGAUUGGAGAGGAAAAGGGAUUGCAAGAACAAGAUAAUAAAGUGGGGAACAAUUCUACUGACAUUAGCCAUGCAUCGGAGGUUUCUGGACAACCUGUUCGAGAUAAAGACAUGAUAGCUAUGCCAAGUUCUUCUCAGACAAGUCAACAAUUAGAUCAUGUUGGAUCUUCAUUGUUAUUUCAUACUCUGAAGGAAAAGUGUAUAAAUGUGUGGAAGAAGUUAACAGAAGCUGAGCAUGAGCUGAUGGAUGUUCUUAGCUGUUUGAAUUCAAUGGAAGCAAUAGCCAAUAUUCAUGAAUCAGAGCCAAAAGCAUUGCCACAUUCUGAUUAUGUACCCAAAGAUCCAAUGCAACUUCAGCAGAAUCAACAAUUUGAGCUUCCUAAACUCAAAAGAACUGCAGAAGUUCAAAUAACAGCAUUGCAGGAAUCUUUUCAUAACCAGAAAAGGCAGGCUUUACCUGGAAAUCAUGAUUUCCCAUCGAAAUACUGGCCAGAAAAAAUUAGUGUUUCUCCUACUCAGCAAAUCAUGCACUCACAGCAACUGGAGGUGGAGAAACAUCAAGAUUUUCCUAGUUUUAAAGGCUAUCUACAACUUCAUGACCCAGAAAAGGGGUCCAAGUCUUGUUCAUUUGCAGGUUCUUUGGAACCCCAGGAGCUGAAUCUGGAGCAGAGAUCAGAGCAUCAUAGCACAAUUGUAGAGGACCUUCAGACUCCCGUCAAUUUGGAGCAUGUUGAACUGCGUGUUGAGCUGGAGCAGCGAUUAGAUGUCCCUGAGCUAAAAAAGGCUUUGGGAAAAAACUUGUCUGCUGAUGGAGAAUUGACACCUGCUGAGGACAUCACUAUAGAUAGAGACGAGGUUGAGCCUGAGAGGCCUCCAGGAUUUGAGGUUACGGUGGAGCGAUUUUCCCAACAACGGCUGCAGUGUGCUGUUCCUUGUGGCGAUGCAAAGAAACUCGAGCCUGUGCUCGUGAAAGGGCAGAAUCUUGAACUAUCAGUCAAGGAAAGGCAUAUAGAGGUUGAAACGAUCACUUCAGAGCAACAAUGCCAGAUAAAGCAGAAAAUACAAGAGAAAGAAUUACACCCUCCGGAGCAAAGGGCAUCCAAGAACAAAUCUGAAUCAGGUGCAGCUGGAGCUACUUCUGAUCAGCAACUCCAUAACAUUGAAAUGCUUCAAGAUCCAAAGCAAAUUUUGGUGGUACAUGAAUCAUCGCGAUUAACGAAUCAGCAAAAGAAGGGUUGUGGCAAGAGAAAGAAAGUAGAAAUGGAGCUGCCCCGGAGGGAACUAUGGUAUCGUGGCACAAAGGCAUGUGAAUCCAAUCCAGCACAUCCAACAGAUGCAAAUGAUGUUGAUUCAGACAGACAGCGGAAACUAGAUCAUCCAAUCCCUGAAAGACCUCAAAAGAGAAAACCAAAGAAAGUGGAGAAAUCAUCUCAAUCAGUGGAGCAGGAACUGAAAGAUCAGGGUAGGAAAGGGCUUCUCAGAUCUCAGCUUGCACCAGUAACAUCUGAUGAAGUCAAAAUGCUAGAAAAUCCAAAACAGCACAAACUAACAUCAGCAGGGGAUUCUAUUCAAACUCAGCAGAAACAGCAACUACAGUUUCGAGUGCAAUGCUCUUCCCAAGCUGAAGAGAUUAUGGAUAAAACAAUGGAAGAAUCACAACCCUUACCAGACCAAAAUAAACAGGGAAGUCAACUGGCAUAUCAACUUCGAGGGAGGCGUCCUAAGCUAAAGCCUGUUAUGGAUACAGCUAAGGGGAAAUUUUUACCUGUAGAUGGUGAAGAUCAUCACAAGGAGCUGCCAUUGCAUAUUCAAGGGCAAAGGCCUAAAGCCAUGACCAGUACAAAACUCAUAGUAAGAGAAAUAUCCUCAAGCCAUCAGAGUCACAAUGAGCAACAGCCCAAGAAACGUGGCCCAGGAAGGCCACCUAAAUCAUUAUCAGCUGCAUCUCAAACUGUCAAUGUACCAUUGUCUCCACAGAUUCAGCUUAAGCAGAAAAGGCAGCAACAUGAUCUUCAGAAAAAGCAAAAAUGGGCAAUUGGUGCUGGUCAAGGGAGGUUUACAAGAUCCAAAUCACCAUCAGUUGCAGAAACCAUUUCAUCAUGACCUCCACAGGACUGGCAGCAAUGCAGGCCACAUUUCAAGAAGAAAAAGCCUCAGAAACGCAAAAGUGAUGGUAACAACCAAAGGGAAGACAUCCAAAACUUGACCGAGGGAAUUAAAGGACGGGGUAAUGCUAUUCUUUUCUCUCUUUUUUUCAAACUUUUAAGUGGCAUUUAGCUUGAUGGUGUUUUUAUUAGCUUUUUCAGUCCAUCAGUUUCGGUUUUUUGAACAUGGAUAGGAAAUGUUAUACCACUUUCCUUUUGCUCUAUCUUCUAUUUAUUCUAGCCAUGAUAGUUCGAAUUCUUUUUUCUCCUUCUGUUUACAAAAUCAUUGCUUGUAAAGUUUUGUGGUUCUUGAAAUGCUUAUCUAAUUGCAUGACCAGGUCUUUAGUUAAACUUUACCACAAUUUAGUCACUAGGUGAGAUCAAAUGUCUUUUCUUUAGUAAUAUGAACUCUGAAGAAUACAGAUCUCAUCUCUAAUCAGUUUUUUUUUACCUGAUCUUGUAUUCUCUCUUUUAUCUCGCUCUCAUAUAUUUGGAAACCUUAACAUCAUCUGUAGAUUGGUCGUGAUUUUAUCAUCGCUGUCUUUCUUCUUAAUAAUGAUAAAUGGAUUAAAGACAAACUAUAACAAGACAUACCUGGCAGGAUAAUUAACCGCAAAUUUAGUGGUUUGUCUGGAAUUUUCUGAUGGCUGUCUCAUCAUUUCCAUUGGUUGCAUAACUGUAUUAUACUUGCUGCUUUGGUUCUAUAAUAGUUUGAUAAAUUUAAAGCUUUCGGUCUUCAUUCUCUUGGUCUUGAGAUUAGCCAGCAAAGGGUGAUGAGUUACUUGUUUGAUGGAGAAUAAGUGGAUUAGUCUCUACUUGUAUUUUUUUUUUUUGUGUUGCUCAAUGAUGAACAAUAUGUUCAGUGCUAACAUUAGCAUGAUAGUGCAUUUCUAUCAAUUCAUGAUCAGCUUGACUA